AAGAGCAACAACAUUGUGGAUUGUGGAGGCCGUUCCCAUGUCCUUAACCCUUCCUACACAGUUCUCGCGUUCGGCGAGGCUUGCUCCCCGCUACUACCACGACGUAAGACCCCGGACGCGUCUCACGAUAUCGGCAUUCCCCGCGAGAUGUCUGCAAACGUCGACUGAUCAAGAACGAAGCAUAACUAGAUUUGCGUUCGCGUUUGAUAUCGACGGUGUUUUAGUCCGCAGUUCCGAUGCUUUACCGCGUGCCCAUAAAGCCCUCUCGCACCUACAGAGCCAUCAUGUCCCAUUCAUACUUCUUACCAACGGUGGUGGUAAACAUGAGACCCAAAGAGUUCAUGAUCUAAGCGAGAAGCUGGGCGUAUCACUGGACGUUGAGAUGUUUGUGCAGAGUCACACUCCGUUCGCUAAUUUCAGCCCGGAAGAGAAAGAAGAUAAAACAGUGCUCGUGGUUGGCGGAGACGGGGAUAAUUGUCGACAUGUUGCGCAUAGAUACGGUUUUAAGAACGUCAUAAUGCCCUGCGACAUUUUUGCGGCCGAUCCAACAGUAAUGCCAUUCUCAUCCGCCCAACUCUCUGUCCACAAGCGACAUGCACAGCCUCUCCUGGAUCCUUUACCACCAAUUAGUACAAUACUUGUGUUCAAUGAUCCUCGGGACUGGGCACUUGAUCUUCAAUUAAUCACAGAUUUGCUGCUAUCAAAAGGCGGACAACUCGGAACGCUAUCAACACUAAAUAAUAACACAGAUCUACCAAACCGCGGAUACCAGCAAGAUGGACAGCCACAGCUAUGGUUUUCAAACCCAGACUUGCUCUGGGCAGCGAAACAUCCGCUUCCGCGGUUCGGUCAAGGUGGCUUUCGAGAAGCAUUAGAAGGUGUAUGGGCCGCGAUCACCGGUGGACCGCAGAAUGGUGUAUCACUCCAAAAGAGAGUGAUUGGAAAGCCCUAUCGAUUCACCUAUGAAUUUGCUGAAAAGAAGCUACUGUCGCAUAGCCGUGGCAUGAAGAGGUCCACCUUGCUCGGCACGAAGAGCGAGGAUGAUGCAAUAUCAUCGAACGAGGAUUCAGAUUCGAUUAAAACGCUUGACCGUGUUUACAUGGUGGGAGAUAAUCCCGAGAGCGAUAUUAAAGGUGGGAAUGAAUACCGUAGCCCUAUGGGUGUCAAGUGGCGGACGGCUCUUGUAGAAACUGGUGUAUACGUUGCAGGAUCGGAGCCGAAAUAUAAGCCAAGUGUAAUUGUAGGCGAUGUCUGGGACGCGGUUCAAUGGGCGUUAGAGGAGGAAAGAAAAGGAGGCGGCUGGCAGCAAUAGAAUCUCACUCAUCCCCAAGUGUACUUUCGGCGCGACAGAGCCCCUAGUGAACACUGGACAUCUAACGUGCUUCAAUUAGUACAGUCCUAGAUUAGAAGUAUCAUAAACCUCG